AUGGGAUUGGACGCCGUAGACGACAAGGAAAUGACCAAGUCGAGCCAGCGCAGGCCCAGCACAGGCCAGCGAAUGUGGGCGCAGGUGGGCGCAAGCAGGCGAACGGGGCAAAGUGCAGCCGUGCCGUGGCCUCACCACAUCCUAUUGGUCGGCAUCCACAAUGCCAAGUCGUACAUCAAAUCGACAGGCUUCGUACCAACAACACCUCCUGUUGCCUCUCCGCAAGGCUUGCCGUCCUCGCCGUCUUCAAACCUCGCCUCUAUCGCCGUCAAUGUCGAUCAUUUCGCCUCAUGGGAUUUUAUGCUUUUCGAUUUUAAUGUGCAUCUGACUAUCAACUAUUUUCUAGCAGAUUCCCAUCCCGCGGCCUAA